AAGAGUGCAUCGUGAUGUCUUCUGGUAAUUAUGCUGCUCCUCUACAUAAAUUAGAAUUAAUAACCCCUACAGUUCCUCACGUGGCCCAGACAACCAAUUAUUUAGUAAGUCCCAGACAAUAAAGAAGAAAUUUUCAAGUCUCAAAUAUCUCGAAAUUUAUUCGUUCUACUGAAAAUCUUUUACUGUGUAUUCGAUUUUUAGACUACUGUUAUGAAGAAAGCUCCGUACGACAAAAAUGCUCCAAGGCGACCUCUUUCAGCAUUUAUGUUGUUCAUGAAAAAGCGCAGACAAGAAUCAGAAUAUAUUGCUUCACAGUCAUUUUCAGAUAGAAAUCGUAUUAUUGCUACUGAAUGGGCUGCUCUAUCUGCUGAAGAGAAACAAGUAUAUACUGACCAAGCUGCCGAAGAUCGUGAGUCAUACAAAAAAUUGUUUGCUGAAUACAAAACUACUGAUAAUUACAAGAAAUGGUUAGCUUCCAAUGAAACGGUCAAUGCUAACGGACCCAAAGCUGGAUGUAAACGACCAGUAAAACAAAUAUCACAUACUAAAAACAAUGACAUAGAAGCAGAUUGCAAAAUUUCAAUAUUUACUCAUGAAUUUCUGGAAUACAACAGACUUCGUGAAGUUAUCUUGCGUCAAUUGAAGAAACACCUAAUUAGGAGAAGCACAAACAUCUUAAACAUGAAUCCACUGUUAAAUGUUUUGAAUUAUCCCGUCGUUGAUUUUUUUUACUGGAAUUUUACCAGUCUUGGUUAGAAUAUGUGAAUUUUGUGCGGAUUGUCUUGAUAUAUCUAUUAUGAUAGAAGUUAAUAUAUAUUCUAUAUUAAGAUGGGUGACUUAGUGGUCGACCGCUUCAAUCACUAAAUCAGUCUUUAACAUAGAAAUAGUUUAUCAGAAGUGCAUAAGAUAUAAAAAAUAAUAAGACGAAAAUCUUUAAAACGUUUUAACUAGUGCUGGGAGCAAAUUUACUUACCGAUUACAAGCCUAGGUACUCGUUUUUGAGCGACACGUUUAUAGUGAUGCUAACUGGCUCUAAGUUAGUUUGAACCUACGACUCAGCAGUUGAAGGUCUUAACCGCUGUCAUUGCAAAAAUCGCACUUGAUUGACUACAAAGAACGUGCUUUACACAUUUGCAAACCGAAAGACCAUUUCUUCACUGACUGUUCUUCUGAGAAGAUUAUUGUGUAUAUUUUUAUGGGAUUAGUAUUGUUUAUUGUUUAAAUAUUUGGUAAUUAGCAUCUGGAUUCAAUGUACGAUGCAAUAUAUCUAACAAAAAAUCUAUUGUUUAUAUUGUACAAGCUAAUAGGAAAUUAUAAUGACAAAAAUGAGGGUGACGCAUUGUGAAAGUCUUAAUAUGCGUAAAUUAACCGCACCCCUGAUUUCUUCUGGCUUAAUUGGCUGUUUAUGUAGGUGUUACCACCUCUUUCAUUGGAUCUCAACGUCUAUAAUCGCUGAUUUGAGAAUUCGCCAACAACGCCUGCGAAAGUCCAAAAUACACACAUACAAAUAAUGUGAACCCAAUACAAUUCUGUCCACAACAUCACAGUAUACAUUAAUCGUCCUUUAGUUUAGGAACCACUGGAAGAAUAUUCGUCAAGCUCUCUGUAUUAAAGUUAUAUAUAAUUCGCUCGUACACCACAGUACUAAUGGUCAUGUAUACUUUUUAUGAGAAAGUGGCUUAUUAGUUAAAUAACUCAGUAUUCAACCAAUUAGUGUGCCAACUCACCUCACCUUCAUCAGUUUGUGCAGAAAGGUGAGGUUACUAGCUCUCACACAAGUACUGUAGUUUAAGGCUAAAUGCGAAACCCCUACUUGACAAAUGGGGAAAUUUCAUCAUAAUCAUGUAUAUGGUAUGAAAUAUUGCCUAGACUGAACCAAGCAGUUUCCUUAUGGGAUCGCUUCAGAGCUUUUGACACAAAGAACUACUACAAAAUUCAGCCCCAUGGUAACCGAAGACCAGAAUAGGUUGGUACGCCAUGUCUUCCCUUUUGGAUUAGGGAACACGUAUAGACCACUGGUUUAGAAUCAGAAUCUUUCAACUCCUAUAUUUGGACCCUCCGUAGUUUCCUCUAUUUCUUCACAAUAUCACCACUUCGUUUAUGUGACGCAUUCCUUUUUGGUGCCUUAUUGUGACGAGAUUUGAAUAAAUCAAUGGAACAUUAAACUUAGUAAAUGAGUUACACUACUAUUGUCAUAUACUUUUUCCAGGUAUCACAACUUGAAGAAGAAACCGCUCUACUAAGUAAGCAUGUGGAAAAUCUUGUAAAUGCUGAAAAUCGGACAAAAAAUCAAAUUAAUACAACGAGGGAAUUACUAACCAAUGAAGAAAAUUUAUUGAAACAGCUAUGUAAAGAGUUAACAGUUGCUUUAAGCGAUGUCACUCUAUCCAAUAAUACAUCCGAUAUAAGUUUAAAAGGAAUUGAACGUAUUACAGAAACUAGUGUGGAAUCUUUUCUUUCAAGAUUAGAAUCUUUAAAAAAUUCUUCAUCUUAUUUAGAAUUAUCAUCAAAAAUUAUACAAUCCAUUCGUUUAGCUUGUCAAAAGAAAACAAUUAAAUUGUUAACUUAUGAAAUAAAUUAAAUGAGAAAAUUCCUUUUUGUUGUUUUUAUAUUUAAAUGUUUUUUUUUUAAUUUGUACUUUUAUUUACAAAUUACUAUCACUAAGAUAAUUGUUCUAUACACACAGAUACUUAUGUACAUUAUCAACGAUAGAGAAAAUUAGUUUCCUAUUUAUUUGUUUCAUACAUUCUAAUUUUUGUCUCAUUUAAAUCAUUCUCCCCAUGGUCUAUUUACUCUUUUAUUCUCCCAUCUAGUUUUUUUAAAGGAUUCAGUAACUUCUUUAUGAAAUUCAAGAAUAUAAUCUUCAUUUAAAUUAGGUAAUUGUGCUGUCAAUCGCUUUUUUUCAUGAAUACAGUAACGCAUAUAUGUUAAAUAAUAGGCUGAAAUUAUCAUUGAUCCAAUGAAAGGUACUAUACGUACCCAAACAGGAUGAUUAGACAUUUUAUUCUAUUUGAGUUCAAAAAAUCAAGUGUAGAAAACUGUAAAAACAAAAGACAAUAUUUGAAAUUAUUGCAUACAUCGGUUAAUAAGUUGAAACAUUAACUUUAGUUUAUCAAUACACAUGUGACAUGGCUCAGAAUCGAUCACAAUGGCGUCGGUGUAUACACUCUCUGUCUUCCCUUAAACUAAGAGAUUAAAAUCGCUUCACAUCUUUCUUUCUACGAACUAAUUCUUUCUUUCUGUAUUAUGUCAUUAUAUGCAAUCUUUUUUUUAUAUAUUACCAGCACUGAAUGA